GCCAUCUAUUCUAGUCCCGACUAUCUACAAAGCAUAUGUUCUGGAGGAAUAAUAUAUUGGCAGUUCUCCUUCUGUGCUGUACCUGGUGUCUCGCAACGUCGGAGGAAUUUCAUGAAGCUCUAACAUUUCGACCGCUUCAGGACGGAAGAUUAGCGACGCGAUUCACAUUCACCACAUUACUGAGGGGAGCGUAUCCUCGAGACCCCAGCACACUGCAGGAAGAAGACGAAUCGCAGCACUAUGCCAUCUUCCCGCUUGCUUUAGGCCAAGUCCUUCGAGAAUACGCAGUCACUGAGCUGCAUCUUACGCUCAACGCAGGGAAAUGGGACUAUGACCACUGGGGUUAUCCCGACGAACCAGGCGUGGGUACUGGUGCUGAGCUGUGGGCGUGGAUGGGUGAAUCAGCAGCACGCAGUGUCGACGAACGUUGGAAAGGAUUGAGAAAUGCACUCUCUGGCCAAUUCUGUGCCUCCCUUGGCUCACUAGACGAGCAACGGACAACAUCACCUGAGCUCACCUUCAGACCAGAGGGGUCUCUUCCGCAAUGGGGGACGACUCAUCAGCUAAGACAUGGAACGCUGCCAUCUGAGCACGUCUGCACGGAGAACCUCACACCCUUCCUGAAACUUCUGCCAUGCAAGUCCCUCACCGGAAUUGCCAGCUUGCUAAAUCCACAUCGCCUCUUUGAUGCUGACUGGCAUGGCUUAGGCGUCCAUGUUCGUUAUCUGGAGAAUGAAGGCAUCGAGGUCCGACUUAGCUUUCAGAGCGUCUUUGACCCAGUCCGCUAUUCGAACGGUAGAAGAGAUUGGUCUCUUCGGUCCGUAUUUGAUCGCGUCAUUGACAGGUCUUGUCCCAUUGCCCAUUCCAGCGAGAUUCGAGUUGCUAUACCUAAAGAGGAGACGGCGGUGGCGAUAACGCCAGACUCGUAUACUACACAUGCAGGAUUUGUCUAUUUUAACGUGUCAAACGCUUCCAAGCCGCUGGACAUUUCCAUGAGUUGGCCAGAUGAACAAAAGUUUGAAUACGCCACUGUUUCGUCCGCCGUUCCUCUUACCCAUGUCUCGGUCCGACGCACACUGAAAGGUUCAAGUCAAUCACGGGGCCGACUCUCGGUUUCGAUAACGAACCAUAUGCCGAUCACCAUUCAAACGAGUUACCUGGAAUCUAUGCCAUGGCUGCUCCAGUUUUACCUCCAUUCACUCCAAAUAUAUUCCAAUGGUGUCUCACGUGAUGAUCUUAUAUCCAUCGUUUCAUAUAUUCCAUCCGUGCCACACGUACGGCCAACGUUGUUCCAAGCCAUCUUGACGCUACCUCCGAAAAGCACGCUGCAUCUAUCCAUGGACGUUAUCAAGCCUUUCCUGCGCUACACGGAACAUCCUCCCGACGCGCAGCGCGGGUGGGAUCUACCGCCCGCCGUCCUCGUUCCUUUGCUUCAUUCCAACUCCUCGACACUCGACCCUGGACUUUCAAACCCUCCUUCCGGAUUUGAGCAACUGCGACUUCCUCGUAGGAUGUACACGCCUGUGCUACUCGUGGACUUGGCCACUCCGGAUUUCAGUAUGCCAUACAACGUGAUCAUCAUGAGCUGUACUCUCAUCGCGUUGAUAUUCGGCAUGGUAUUCAAUCUGCUGACGAGGAAGUUCACGCUCAUUCGUGUCUCCCCUGAACCCAAAUAGCCGGCCUGUUAUAGCCGAUUCCCGAGUACGCGGCUUGGACUUUCUGCGUACCUUUAUUCUAUGCUGGUUCCUGGACACCAGAAUUAUAAAACGAGACUCUUGGAAAGACUUCCAUUCAUUAGAUUACUGUCUCUGACUCGUUCACCCGAAUCUUGACUGUGUGUACAAACUGGGUAUAGCGCAAGGAAGCCUGCCCCCGGCAGCUGAUCAUAUUGAGCGGCACGUUUCGCAUGCAUGUUGCUGUCCGUGGUUAGCUUCUAUAGAACAUUUUGCGACCCGACCGGCUCUCGUAGAAGCUUGGUGAUCGAAUGACACUUUAUAUGAAAGUGUUCGCAGCUAUGCCCAGUAUGCAAAUGUCCCAGAGAUCCUUUGUCCGAAGAUAUUCGCACUUUUGCACUUG